CUCUCUCUCUCUCUCUCUCUCUCGGCUUUAUCAUUCGAUGGAAUUGGGUAUGGGUUCGAAGGACACAAGCUGGUGGGUUUUUACACUCCCAGCCUUCAUAGGCACCAAGAGCUUGUGCGAUGGCUUUGUGCUGCUGUCUGUGAUAAUUACCUUUCUGUCCCUCGCCCUAAUCACAUGGGCUUUUGCCGUCGGGGGUAUUGCUUGGAAAAACGGGAGGAACCAAAGGGGCCGUGUUUCCAUACCCGGUCCCCGUGGUCUACCUAUCAUCGGUAGUCUCUUCGAUCUCAGCCGUGGCUUGGCUCACCGCACCCUUGCAUCCAUGGCUACCAGCAGAGCCGCGACUCAGCUCAUGGCUUUCAGCCUCGGCUCCACGCCUGUUGUCGUGGCAUCCGAUCCUCAAACCGCCAAAGAGAUCCUCACGUCCCCUUAUUUUGCUGACCGCCCUCUCAAGCAGUCGGCUAAGAAGCUCAUGUUCAGCCGCGCCAUCGGUUUCGCGCCGAACGGGACCUACUGGCGCCUCCUCCGGAGGAUCGCAUCCUCCCACCUCUUCGCUCCCAGGCGCAUUUCAGCCCACGAGACUGGCCGCCAACUAGACUGCGCUGCCAUGCUUUCAGGCGUGGCGAACGAGCAGUCCGCGCGUGGGUUCGUGGGGCUGAGGAAGCACCUCCAGGCAGCGGCUCUAAACAAUAUCAUGGGGAGCGUAUUUGGGAAGAGGUACGACGCGUCGCACGAUAGCAUCGAGGCGCGGGAGCUGAAGGAAAUGGUUAAGGAAGGAUUCGAGCUACUGGGGGCUUUCAACUGGUCUGAUUUCCUGCCGUGGCUGAGCUACGUAUACGACCCGUAUCGCAUCAACGCGCGGUGCGCCGCCCUCGUGCCUCGUGUCAGGAAGCUGGUGAGGGGGAUUAUCGAUGACCACAAGGCCAAGGGCUCUGAUAGUAAGAUGGCUGAUAAUGCAGAUUUCGUCGAUGUGUUACUCGGUCUCGAAGGCGAAGAAAAGCUCGAGGAGGAUGAUAUGGUUGCUGUUUUAUGGGAGAUGAUUUUCCGUGGUACUGACACUACGGCGCUCUUAACUGAAUGGACGAUGGCGGAGCUUGUUUUAAACCAAGACGUGCAAGCCAAACUGCAGGAGGAGCUCGACUCUGUCGUGGGAAAUGCAAGGAGCGUAACGGACGCUGACGUGGCAAACCUUCCGUAUCUCCAGGCUGUGGUAAAGGAAACGCUUCGGGUUCACCCGCCGGGUCCGCUUCUCUCAUGGGCCCGCCUUUCCACAGCCGACGUCCAGCUCAGCAACGGGAUGCUCAUUCCCGCUCAGACAACUGCCAUGGUCAACAUGUGGGCCAUCACUCACGACGCGAGCGUCUGGGAUGAGGCGGACAAGUUCAAGCCCGAGAGGUUCUUAGAGUCCGCCGGCGGUGCCAACGUUGACGUGAGGGGCAACGACCUAAGGCUGGCGCCAUUUGGUGCCGGUCGCCGGGUCUGCCCGGGCAAGAACCUGGGCCUAGUGACUGUUAGCCUCUGGGUAGCCAAGCUGGCCCACCACUUCAAAUGGGGCCCAGCUGAGGGGAAGCCUGUUGACCUGAGCGAGGUGUUGAAAUUGUCUUGUGAGAUGAAGAAUCCUCUCUUCGUGGUCGCUGAUCCUAGGAAUCUCGGUUCCGUUUCUUUUUAGGUGUUUAGGCCUGUCGUUUUCUGUGCUUUUGGAAUGUGUCUUUUUUUGUGUUUGAAUCUGGUAUACUUGUCCUGCCAUUUCUUGACUUUGGCUUUUUCUUAGGUAGUUAGGGAUGGUCGGUUGCGAUGUGGUUUCUUUUAUAAUCGGAUCUACGGAUCCUCUUGUCGAAACAUGUAGUAGUUGUAUGGGGGCAGGAUUUCGGAACUAUGUUUUUCCUUUUUUUUAAUAUUAAUAUAGAAAUGAUAUCAUGGAAA